UCCAUCCAUAGAUUUUCUGAAUCUGCUUAUCCUAUUCAUGGUCCGGAGCCUAUCCCGGAUGCUACGGGCGCAAGGCGGGGAACAACCCAGGAUAGGGCACCAACCCAGGGUUAAAAUCAGUAUCACGGCAGUUAUAACGCGGUUUAUAUUUUGGGCAGUUUCUUAAAGCGCUGUAAUGACGUUAUACACAAUUUUAUUGAUAAAAGAUUCAUGCGUCAAAUGCCGAUUGCUACGAAGAUCUAUAUAUGACUAUUUAAAUCAAACAGAUAUUUACAAAUUUUAAGUAUUUUAUUAAAAUUCUGGAUUUUAUUCGUGUUGUGUUAUUUUUCUUAAUGGAGAAAGUUAAUUUAAAAACUAAUAGCCCUAUAUGUUUAUCUAUAUGAAAAAUAAUUAAUAAGGAAUAGUCACUACAGGUGGGCAAAGGAAUUUGGCAUUUUUACAUUGUGAGUUGAAACAUGAUAGCUCUUAAUUUGGUUCGGUUUUUAACCAUUUACACUUUACACCAGUUGAGUCCACAUCCUCGGCUAAGCACAGCAAACGAUUAAUUUAGACACGGAGGAUCAGCAAAGGAGGGGGCGUUUUCAGGCGGGCGUAUCAACAGCGUCAACCACCACUGCGGCGUACGACUUACAUCUGGCAUACUACGAAGCAGAUGAGAUCGGGACGAAAUUGUAGCGCAAUCAAAUGGACGCCAAAAGACAGAUUGACCUGGUGUGGAAUCAUCAACUGGGUUCCAUGCAAUUCGACCAAAGGACUUUAACGAUGCAGUUUUGAGAAUCGCAGUGAUGCUCCUCUCCUGGUUUGCAACGUGGAGCUUCACAUAAGUGCACAUUCCAUAAGGGAGCAGGAAAGGCAAAGAGCUGGCCAGUCUCUCUGAAGCCCUCAAGCCCAGGAGCUUUCGCAGAUUCCCCACUGGAUCUCUGGACGAUGGGGUGUGGGGGCAGCAGGACAGAUGCUUUGGAGCCCAGGUACAUGGAGAGCUGGACCAAGGAAACAGAGUCCACUUGGCUGACAAGCACAGACACGGACAUCGCUUUGUCCUCCAUCCAAAACAUCCCUUCGGAAAAUUCCUCAGAGUCGGGCUUCGCAUCGGAGAAGAACCUCAACUCAGUUUCAGAUUUCUUCGACGAUGGACUCCCAGCUCCAGCUCAGGCUUAUCUGAAGGUUUGUUCAGCCAUAUCUGAGGCUGGCCGAACUGAGGUGAAGACAGGAAGUAACAAUACCUCACAGGACCAAGUGGUGGCGCCCUCUCCGGGCACCACCUUACAGAAGAGAGUCCUGUGUACCGAGGAGAUCACCAAGUGGCAGGACAACCGGAUGUCCUCCAAGCAGGUGACUAUCACUGUGACGAAGAGCAUCAGACAGGUGGACAAGAGCGGGAAGAUCAAGGAGACGUCCCACACGACCUUCGAGGUCAUGAAGCCAGCAGAUGGGCCCACAGAGCCAGUGGCAGCUAAGGGCAUGAAGUGAAGGACUCACUAAAGAAAGACGGCUAUCCCUAAGGGCGU